UAUUUUAUCUCUGUAUUUUACAUUUGUCAAUUCUUGUAAAAAUUUGUUGUCGGCGUUAGAAAGUGAUUUUUCAGUGAAUUUGAGAUUCAAUUGAAUUUUUUCCACGGUUUUUAAGCGUUUUUACGUUAUCUUUAAAUAAUUUUCUUGUUUUUAUACUUUUAGAGCAAAGAUUAGAAAAAUGCCUGCUGGAGGUGCUUUAUUUGGAAGUUCUGCCGCUGGACCGGGCUCAACUGGCGGAAAUAAGCAUUUAGUUGAAAUGAGGGCCGGAAAAAUGAAUUUAAAAGGUCGCAUGGUUUACCCUGACAAACGUAAGGGUUUAUUGUACAUUUAUCAGAGUGAAGACUCUCUUAUGCAUUUCUGCUGGCAAGAUCGCAGCACAGGAAAUGUGGAAGAUGACCUAAUUAUCUUUCCUGAUGAUUGUGAAUAUGUUAAGGUGCCCCAAUGCACAACUGGACGCGCGUAUUUAUUGAAAUUUAAGUCCUCAAACAGGAAAUUCUUUUUCUGGCUUCAAGAGCCCAGGGCUGAUAAGGAUGAGGAAAAUUGCAAGAGAAUCAAUGAAUUGUUGAACAACCCUUCUAGUGCAGUGCAAUCAUCCCAAAAUCCUGAUCAGGAUUUGCAGUCAUUAUUGAACAAUAUGUCUCAGUCUCAGUUGAUCCAGUUGUUUGGUAGUGGAGUUGGACAAAUGGGGGGACUGUCCAGUUUGUUGGGAACUAUAAGAAGCCCCAACAGUGGAAGUGCUCGCACCAGCACCACCCCAGCUCUAACUCAUAGAACUGUCCCUAGCACUCCAACAACCAAUACUACCACCACUCAAAAUACAACUACCCCUCCUACUGUGGGUCAAUCAACGCCGCAAAGCGCCCCCAUUCCGGCCGUGGUACCUAACGCCCCUAGGGUUCCCAGACCCUUGGUCCAGGGCUCCAACUCAUCCACAAAACCAAUUCAAUUGUCAGACUUGCAAACCUUUUUGCAAGGAAUGACUCCGCCAAGAACUGAUGGUGGACAAAAUCAGUCAGUUGACUUGUCAACUGCAUUAACAACUGAAACUUUGUCAGGUGUUUUGAGUAACCCCGGUGCUCUUCAACAACUUCAAGAUCAUUUACCGGUUGUUGAUGGAAAUAGUAGAGAAGCUCUGAGGUCCACUUUGGCUUCCCCACAGUUUCAACAGGCUGUGUCUCAAUUUUCGAGCGCUCUUGAGUCAGGUCAGUUAGGCCCUGUGGUUUCCCAGCUGGCUGUUAAUCCUGAUGCAGUUGCUGCAGCCUCUGAAGGUAACAUGCAAGAUUUUGUCAAGGCCUUGGAGAAAAGUGCAACUGAAGGAACAGCUGCAUCAGAAAAGGAAAAAUCUUCAAAGGAUGACAAAAAGGAUGAUGAUGAACAGAUGCAAUUGGAUUAAUUUUCGCCAUUUUCAUUUAACCUUGUGUGGUGUUUAAGAUGCAUUUUAAUUUUUUUAGCUUUUGUUUUGUUUGCUUUUUAUAACUUGCAAGUUGCAACUCAGCACUGUAUUAGCUAAUAAAAUAAUUGAACAAUU